AUGUAUGGCAAUAGCCCCAUGGACAUUUACUACAUCGAGCGAAUUUUGAGCGUGACUAACUUAGUGGAGAAUGAAGUUUAUGCCCUGAUGCUUAAAAGGGCAUGUGAUGUCCAACGUCACCUCAAAGUACCGUACAUAACGGAAAAGUUAGAUUCAAUUUUAGAGUUCAUGAAGGAGAUGACUGGGCCGUUUAUUGGCGGCAACCAUCUGACCAUUGCCGACUUGGACCUCCUGAUCCUGCAGGACUUGGUAAACGCGGCUUACCCGGAUCUUCAGCACGAAGCGAAGGAACGCAUGGCGACAUUGAGGAACAACGUCUUCAAGGACAGGCCUGCCUUGGAACGUUACUACAAGUCACGACCCAAGACGGAAUUCUAG